GUCCGUGACUCGCUCCUACUACCGCAACUCCGCCGGGGGGAUGCUGCUCUUCGACCUCACCAACCGCGCGUCCUUCGAGAGCGUCCGGCAGUGGCACCGGGAGGUGAUGGACACGGUGCAGCCGUCCCGCCUCGUCUUCUUGCUGGUGGGGCACAAGAGCGACCUGGCAGGGCAGCGGCGGGUGGGUAGGAAGGAGGCAGAGAAGCUGGCGGCCUCGCUGGGGGUGCAGUACAUCGAGACCUCGGCCAAGGACGCCAGCAACGUGGUCCAGGCUUUCCAGAUGCUGACG